CAACACUCAGCGUCGUACACUGGUGUGUUGUAAAAAAUGGAAAUGAAGAUGGAGGAGAACAUGCGAGUCGUCGACACUGGCAGUGAAGCUGGUGGUGAGGAUGCCCUAGUGGGCAAUGUGAACAAGCUGAUGGUGACUCCAAGAGGAUACACAGGGGUUCCACGAAAAGGUCACCUUGUCUUUGAUGCUUGCUUCGAAAGUGGUAACCUCGGACGCGUUGACUACAUCAGUGAAUUUGAGUUUGACCUUUUCAUCAGACCGGACACGUGUAACCCUCGCUUCAGAGUAUGGUUCAACUUCACAGUGGAGAAUGUGCGGGAGACGCAGAGGGUAAUUUUGAACAUUGUCAACUUCAGCAAGACCAAGAGCCUCUACAGGGAAGGCAUGUCUCCAGUGGUGAAGUCCACUAGCCGGCCUAAAUGGCAAAGACUCCCAGCUAAAAAUGUCUACUACUACCGCUGCCCUGAUCAUCGGAGGAACUACGUCAUGUCCUUUGCCUUCUGCUUUGACCGGGAGGACGAUGUGUACCAGUUUGCAUACUGCUAUCCCUACACCUACUCCAGACUGCAACACUACCUGGACAGCUUGGAGCGCAGGAACCUGGACUACCUGCAGAGGGAGCAGCUCGGGCUCAGUGUGACUUCUACAGAGUCCACAGACCAGCAACAGAGACGUCUAGACCUCCUAACCAUCACCAGCCCCGAUCCAGCUCUACAGAAUCCAAAGAAGGAGAAGAAGCUAGUCGUCCUCACAGCCCGUGUACAUCCUGGCGAGUCACCCGCAUCCUUCGUAUGCCAAGGAGUCAUUGACUUCCUGGUCAGCCAGCAUCCCGUGGCCCAGCUCCUGCGUGACCAUGUGAUCUUUAAGAUCGUACCCAUGCUCAACCCCGACGGCGUCUACUUGGGCAACUACAGGUGUUCUUUGAUGGGGUUUGACCUGAACCGUCACUGGCAGGAGCCGUCACUCUGGGCCCAUCCCACGCUCUACGCUGUGAAACAGCUCAUUGUCCAGCUCAGCCAAGACCCAAAGGUGGGUCUGGAAUUCUACAUUGACGUGCACGCCCACUCCACCAUGAUGAAUGGCUUCAUGUACGGGAACGUGUUUGAGGAGGAGGAGAGAGUGCAGAGACAGGCCGUGUUCCCUCGCCUGCUAUGCAACAACGCCGCUGACUUCUCCUUUUCCAACACAUCGUUCAACCGUGACAUGGUGAAGGCUGGCACCGGGAGGCGCUUCCUAGGUGGCCUGCUGGAUGACACGUCCUACUGCUACACCCUGGAGGUGUCCUUCUACAGCUACAUGGCAGCCGGGAGCACCGCGCCCGUACCCUACACCGAGGACACUUACAUGAAGCUGGGAAGAAAUGUUGCCCGGACAUUCCUGGACUACUACAAGCACAACCACUUCAUAGAUGAAAACAAAGCACAGAUCCCAAGUCACAUCAACAGCAUUGAAGUAUUGUCCAAGGAUCAACAAGGGAAUGGAAACAGGAACGGGAGGUCCUCAGGUGGGGAGAGGGCAGCGGAGAGGAAGAGUCAGGGCGUCCGCAGAGAUUACUAGAAGCCAGGCAGCGCCAUAAUGUACUGAAGAGACCAGUCCAGUUUGAUUCCUGUGUAGGAGCUGUAUGACUCACUGGCCUGUAGUACAGCAUCCACACAUCCUUGGAGAAAAAUGAGACGAACCAGCAUGAAAUUAAAGAUUCAGUUUGAUGUUUGGAGAGAGCAUGUUAAUUGGAGGAUACUUACCAUUGGGACUUCCUGAGAUCAAGCUGGUUGGACUUUGUAUGCAAUGUAUGGGACGGAGCAAGAUGACACCUGUUUGCUCUGUUUGAGCCCUUUAUGCGUUAUUCUUAUAUUUGACCACAACAUGCUUUUUACUUUGCUCUAUGUCAUUGUAAAUAAGUGAAUGUGUUUUCUUUUUUACACAUUAUGUAUUUUGUGUAUCUUGUCAAUUUCUUAAACAUUAUUUUGAGGAGGUCAAGAGAUUUUUGUU